UUCUAAAAAAAACUGCCCAAAAAAAAAAAAAAAAACUAUAGCACCCACAAUGUUUAUCCACAAAAAGUUAAAAUUCGCGGCGGUUUUAUUAGCGACGGUGGUAGCAGCUUUAGCGACCAAUCAGCCCGAUAAUCUCCCCAACGAGCUGACGGUUCAUGUUAUCAGCAACUUGAGGGACAAAAUACUGAUAGUGCAUUGCCAAUCCGAAAGCUUCGAUCUCGGUGCCCGUUUGCUCGAGAUCGGGCGCGGCUUCAGUUUGGGCUUCAGGCGGAAGUUCAAUAACCAUUUCUGGUGCGAUCUCGCGGUUGAAGAUAAGCGUCUUACUUUCGAUGCAUUCGUGAAUGACAGCACAUAUCGAAAAUACAUAUAUGUCCGGGAUUCUGGGGUUUACGGGGAGGAUCUCAUUGCUGUAUGGAGGCAAAUUUGACUGCCCUAGGGUGUUCUUUCAUUAAAAAAAAAAAAAACCAGACAAUUUGUUGGUUGGAUUUGGGCUCAAAUGACUUGUUGGGAAUUGCAUAUGGCAUUUUUUCAAUCAAAGAAAUAAAAAAAAAUAUAUAUAUAAUGUUGCCCUCCAUCUUCUUCGUUCUUCUCCGCGGGAAAACCCAGAACCCUAUGGAAAAGUCGAACUCCAAUCGUCUCCCAAACAUCUUCCUUCUUCUCUUCAGCAAACCUCUUGUCCCUCUAAAUCCAAAUUAGUUGGUGGCCAAUCGCCAAAUGUGAUGAGGAAAUCUCCAAUUUCGAGCUUGACGAUCAUAUUGAGGAUCGUGUGCUUGAAAUUUGCAUAGGUCCACUAUACCUUGUGGUUUAAUCAAUUGUUAAUAUUGAGGAUCAUGGAGAUUCGAACAAACGAUCACUUGGUCAAAUCAGACUCGAAUAGCAUGUCAUAAACCAGUUGGUCCCAAUAACUCGAGUUUUUGGAAUAAUGUUAUGAUGGUUCUUAUAUCACACUCUAACAUACCGUUUGGUAUAAAUGAAUUAUAUAAGUUUUGAGGAAUUCAUUUUGAAAUAAAACAUUUUUGUGUUUGGUAUUUAAGAGAAUUCAUUUUCAUUUCUAAAUUUUCAAUUCUAUGGAAUUGAAACUAGUUAUAGCAAUUCCGAGUAAUUGAGAUGGAAUUUCAAAAUGAAUUCCACAAGUAUUUACUAAUUAUAAUAGAAUGAUAUGAUUAUUCUCUUUUAUUAAUUACAUUACUUAUACAUAUGACAUACCAAACAUAUGAAUUCAUUUGACAAUGAAUUCUACAUGGCAAUUCAUUUUAUUUCUAAAGAUUUGAAUAUGACAUAUCAAACACAAUAUUUAAUUUGACAAUGAAUUCGACAUGAUAAUUCAUUUUAGAGUUAAAUAAAUUCUCGAUUCAUUUGGUACCAAACAGUCCAUAACAAUAUCCUUUGAAAAUAACAAUAAGUGUAUUUUCACUUUAUUACUCGACAUGUUUUACGCAAAUACGUCUCUGACCUAUCCAAUUUUCUGGCAUAAUACUUAGGAACAUCUGGAUUCCAGUAGAGCAAAAAAAUUUAAUCAAUAUGUUUGUGCAGGUUGUCAAAAUAUAGAAAUUACACGAAUCCCACAUUCCGUGAAAUUGUGACACAAAAAAAACCGCACCAAAAUUCUUAAUCCAAACGAAUCCUUACACUCCUAAAGUAUUGUUCAUAUAGGAAGUCUGAUUAGGUAUCUCUAAUGUCCGCCAAAGAGGGGUCAAUUAAUUGAUAUUCAAAAGAGUUUUGUGUAUUAUUUGAAACUCUUUUCCACGUCCGUCCCCAAAGAACAAAAAUGGAAGACGACGAAAAAUUAAGGACCUUUGACCAAAGCGGCAGAGGGGACUAACUCUCUUUCGUCUAAUGAAUAAGAAGGUAUGUUUUCGAAAUCAGAACCAACGUUGAAUCGAAAAAAUAGUAGUUUAUGGUUCAACGAUUAACUAUUAUUGUAGAACACUUGAUUAACCGUUUAAAAAUCAUUUCUUACGUUAUAACAUAAAAGUCAUAUCUAAUACGCUAAUUUAUCGCUAAGCAUAAAAAUUUAAAUUAUAUCAUCUAUCAUCAAAACUUCUAGCUCACAAAAGAAAUUAUAAUUUUUUAGUUCAAGUUAGUAAUUAGGUGACAAUCCGUAGUCGGUCAAUCAUAAAAUUACUAAUUCAUGUCGGCUGGUCGGGUGGUCUUAGUUACAUUAAAAUUAUAUUUUUUUUAUUUUUCGUUUGUUAAAAUAGUGAAUCAAUGGACCUGUUAGAAUAUGACUUGAAUUUGAUUGGUUUUGUUUUGUGUUUUAGGCCUAUUCUGUUUGGGUUUGGGAUUGGGUUUUGUUUUGGCCUUUUCCUUGUAUGUUUGGGAAAAAGGUGUUUGGUUUUCUGUUUGGGAUUAGGAGAAGAGUUCUAUAAAUACUCUUCAUCACCCUAGUCUGUAGUAAGGUCAGUCAGGUUAGUUUGUUUGGUUUGUUCGUUUGGAAUUCGGUUUGUAACAUGUACUCUCCUCAAAUCAGUGAAAUUUGUUCUCCCCUGCCCGUGGAUUAGCUAGCACACAUUGUGUUAGUGAACCACGUUAAAUUUGUGUUUGUUUGGGUUGCUUUGGAAUAUCGAUUGCACGCUUCUGUUCUGACAAGUGGUAUCAGAGCCUGGUUCAGUGCGGGACGGUGGACGUCAGUUCGGUGGACCCUCGCUCGGUGACCUCGGGGUUUGAGAUCUGCAUCUGGUUUGGUGGAUCCAGGAGAGAUCCACGUUUGGGCUUGGCGGAUCAAAGAGAGUUCCGCAUUUGGGAAGCAGAUUAAAGAGAGUUCUGCGUCUGGUAAAGUCCUUGUAUCGAGAAGCCCAUCGAUAGAAGGCAUCUGGCGGAUCAAGAUAAUCGCUGAGGUGAGGACACGAAGUUCGUGGUCCUUGGCUUGAGGGGAGGAUUGUUAUGAGACAAUCCAAGUACCACAUCGGUUAUACAAGGGAAAGAACCCUUGUAUAUUAGUGUCCACCAAUCUCAUUAGUACGAGGCCUUUUGGGGAGGACACCCAAGAGUAAAACCGUGCGGGCUCGGCCCAAAGCGGACAAUAUCGUACUAAUGGGCUGCCCAGUUAUGACAAGUGGUAUCAGAGCCGCGAUUGAUCUUUGGGUUAUUUGAAACUGCCUUGCGGAUUUUCGGAUCGUGCUGCUGGUUGAUGGUUUGAGUUGAAAUAAUUGGUUAAGAUUGAGGUGGUUGGUUAGGGUUUGGGGAAAAGUAUGUUUGUAAUUGGGAGAUGCAGGCUUGGAGUUAGCAGUAAAUUUGAUGUUGGUGUUAUGGACGGAAAUAACACCAAGCUGGUUCUGCAUGGCAAGUCCCAACAUGGGUUGGACUUGCUGCAUGUUUUGAUUUGUUGAUCGCCCUUAGGGACAUUUGGAGGAAAGGGAGAUUCUGUUACAGCUGAUUUGGAGGAGUUAGUACGUCUGGCAAUUCUGAUUGCGUCUGAGUUUGGCGAUUUGCAUCGCGUUUGAGUCUGGCGAUAUGUGUCGCGUCUGGGUACAUCUGGCAACUUUGGUUGCGUUUGGUACAUUUGGCAACUUUGGUUGCAUCUGGUACAUUUGGUAUUUGAGAGAGAAUUCAAGUCAAGGUGGAGAUUGUUAGAAUAUGACUUGAAUUUGAUUGGUUUUGUUUUGUGUUUUAGGCCUAUUCUGUUUGGGUUUGGGAUUGGGUUUUGUUUUGGCCUUUUCCUUGUAUGUUUGGGAAAAGGUGUUUGGUUUUCUGUUUGGGAUUAGGAGAAGAGUUCUAUAAAUACUCUUCAUCACC